AUGGAGCCGCCCGAGCGCCUGCGGGGACGCGCGCCGCCGCCUCUGUUGCUGCCGCUGGCUCUGCUCGCGCUGCUGGGAGGCGGCGGCGGGGCCGCGGCGCUGCCUCUGGGCUGCAAGCACGACGGGCGGCCCAGAGGGGCCGGCAGGGCGGCGGGCGCCGCCGAGGGCAAGGUGGUGUGCAGCAGCCUGGAGCUCGCGCAGGUCCUGCCCCCGGACACGCUGCCCAACCGCACGGUCACCCUGAUUCUGAGUAACAAUAAAAUAUCCGAGCUGAAGAAUGGCUCAUUUUCUGGGUUAAGUCUCCUUGAAAGAUUGGACCUCCGAAACAAUCUUAUUAGUAGUAUAGAUCCAGGUGCCUUUUGGGGACUGUCAUCGCUAAAACGAUUGGAUCUGACAAACAAUCGAAUAGGGUGUCUGAAUGCAGACAUAUUCCGAGGACUCACCAAUCUCGUUAGGCUGAACCUUUCAGGGAAUUUGUUUUCAUCAUUAUCUCAAGGAACUUUUGAUUAUCUUGGCUCAUUACGAUCUUUAGAAUUUCAGACUGAGUAUCUGCUGUGUGAUUGUAACAUACUGUGGAUGCAUCGCUGGGUAAAGGAGAGAAACAUCACGGUACGGGACACACGGUGUGUUUAUCCUAAGUCUCUUCAGGCCCAGCCAGUCACAGGUGUGAAGCAGGAGUUGUUGACGUGCGAUCCUCCCCUUGAAUUACCAUCUUUCUACAUGACUCCAUCUCAUCGUCAAGUUGUGUUUGAAGGAGACAGCCUUCCUUUCCAGUGUAUGGCUUCAUAUAUUGAUCAAGACAUGCAAGUGUUAUGGUAUCAGGAUGGGCGAAUAGUCGAAACUGAUGAAUCCCAAGGUAUCUUUGUUGAAAAGAACAUGAUUCACAACUGCUCGUUGAUUGCAAGUGCCCUAACCAUUUCUAAUAUUCAGGCUGGAUCGACUGGAAAUUGGGGCUGCCAUGUCCAGUCCAAACGUGGGAACAAUACGAGAACCGUCGAUAUUGUGGUCUUAGAAAGCUCUGCACAGUACUGUCCUCCCGAGAGGGUGGUAAACAAUAAAGGGGAUUUCAGGUGGCCCAGAACGCUGGCGGGCAUUACCGCACAUCUGCAGUGUACUCGGAAUACCCACAGCGGUGGGAUCUAUCCGGGAAACGCCCAGGAUGAGAGAAAGGCCUGGCGCAGAUGUGAUCGAGGUGGCUUUUGGGCGGAUGAUGAUUAUUCUCGCUGCCAGUAUGCAAAUGAUGUCACUAGAGUUCUUUAUAUGUUUAAUCAGAUGCCCCUCAACCUUACCAACGCUGUGGCCACAGCCCGACAAUUAUUGGCUUACACUGUGGAAGCAGCCAACUUUUCUGACAAGAUGGAUGUUAUAUUUGUGGCUGAAAUGAUAGAGAAAUUUGGAAGAUUUACUAAAGAGGAAAAAUCAAAAGAGCUCGGUGAUGUGAUGGUUGACAUUGCAAGUAACAUCAUGUUGGCUGACGAUCGUGUCCUGGGGCUGGCGCAGAGGGAAGCUAAAGCCUGCAGUAGGAUCGUUCAGUGUCUACAGCGCAUCGCCACGUACCGGCUAGCAAACGGAGCUCAUGUUUAUUCAACAUAUUCACCCAAUAUUGCUCUGGAGGCUUAUGUCAUCAAGGCUGCUGGCUUCACUGGGAUGACAUGUACCGUGUUCCAGAAAGUGGCAGCUACUGACCGGACAGGCUUUUCUGACUAUGGGAGGCGGGAUCCGGAUGGAAACCUGGAUAAACAGCUGAGCUUUAAGUGCAACGUUUCAAAUACGUUUUCAAGUCUGGCUCUGAAGAAUACUAUUGUAGAGGCUUCUAUUCAGCUUCCUCCUUCCCUUUUCUCACCAAAGCAAAAAAGAGAAGUCAGACCAAGUGAUGACUCUCUCUAUAAGCUUCAACUCAUCGCAUUCCGCAAUGGAAAGCUUUUUCCAGCCACCGGGAAUUCGACGAAUUUGGCCGAUGAUGGAAAACGGCGUACAGUGGUUACCCCAGUGAUUCUCACCAAAAUAGAUGGUGUGAACAUCGAUACCCACCACAUCCCUGUUAAUGUGACACUGCGUCGAAUUGCGCACGGAGCAGAUCCUGUGGCCGCCCAGUGGGAUUUUGAUUUGCUGAACGGACAAGGAGGCUGGACGUCAAAUGGGUGCCGUAUACUCUGCUCAGAUGAAAAUAUCACCACCAUUCAGUGCUACUCCCUUAGUAACUAUGCGGUUUUAAUGGAUUUGACGGGAUCUGAACUCUAUACCCAGGCAGCCAAUCUCUUGCACCCUGUGGUCUAUACCACGGCUGUCAUUCUUCUCUUCUGCCUCUUAGUGGUCAUCGUCAGUUACAUAUACCAUCACAGUUUGAUUAGAAUCAGUCUCAAAGGCUGGCACAUGCUUGUGAACUUAUGCUUUCAUAUUUUUCUGACAUGUGUGAUCUUUGUGGGAGGAGUAACUCAAACCAGAAAUGCCAGCGUCUGCCAAGCAGUUGGAAUAAUUCUUCAUUAUUCCACCCUUGCUACAGUUCUCUGGGUGGGAGUGACAGCUCGAAAUAUCUACAAACAAGUCACUAGAAAAGCUAAAAGAUGCCAGGAUCCUGAUGAGCUGCCACCUCCACCAAGACCAAUGCUCAGGUUUUACCUGAUCGGUGGCGGUAUACCCGUGAUAGUUUGUGGCAUAACAGCGGCGGCAAACAUCAAGAAUUACGGUAGUCGGCCAAACGCGCCCUACUGCUGGAUGGCAUGGGAACCCUCCUUGGGAGCCUUCUACGGGCCUGCCAGCUUCAUCACUUUUGUAAACUGUAUGUACUUUCUAAGCAUAUUUAUUCAGUUGAAAAGACAUCCUGAGCGCAAAUACGAGCUGAAGGAACCCAGUGAGGAGCAGCAGAGGCUGGCAGCCAAUGAAAAUGGCGAAGUAAAUCAUCAGGAUUCCCUGUCUGUCUCCCUCAUCUCGACAUCAGCCCUGGAAAAUGAGCAUACUUUCCACUCUCAGCUUUUGGGAGCCAGCCUUACCUUGCUCUUAUAUGUCGCUUUGUGGAUGUUUGGGGCCUUGGCUGUUUCUUUGUAUUACCCUUUAGACUUGGUUUUUAGCUUCUUUUUCGGAGCCACGUGUUUGAGCCUCAGUGCAUUCAUCGUGGUUCACCAUUGUGUCAACAGGGAGGACGUCCGGCUCGCAUGGAUCAUGACUUGCUGUCCGGGCCGGAGCGCGUACUCGGUCCAGGUCAAUGUGCAGCCCCCCAGCUCCAGUGGGCCGAGCGGGGAGGCCCCCAAGUGCACCAACAGCAGCACAGAAUCUUCAUGCACAAACAAGAGUGCCUCGAGCUUCAAAAACUCCUCCCAGGGCUGCAAAUUAACAAACUUGCAGGCUGCUGCAGCUCAGUGCCAUGCCAACUCUCUACCUUUGAACGCCACGCCUCAGCUUGACAAUAGUCUGACGGAGCAUUCGAUGGACAAUGAUAUUAAAAUGCAUGUGGCGCCUUUAGAAGUUCCGUUUCGAACAAACGUACACCCAAGCCGCCAUCAUAAAAACAGAAGUAAAGGGCACCGGGCCAGCAGACUCACAGUCCUAAGAGAAUAUGCGUAUGACGUCCCCACGAGCGUGGAAGGCAGCGUGCAGAAUGGCCUGUCGAAAAGCCGGCCGGGCAGUAAUGAAGGACACUCUCGGAGUCGAAGGGCUUACUUAGCCUACAGAGAGAGACAGUACAACCCGCCUCAACAAGAUAGCAGUGAUGCUUGUAGCACACUUCCCAAAAGCAGCAGGAAUUUUGAAAAGCCUGUUUCAACUAGUAGUAAAAAAGAUGCAUUGAGGAAGCCAACUGUAGUUGAACUUGAAAGUCAGCAGAAGUCUUACGGCCUCAACUUAGCCAUUCAGAACGGACCAAUGAAAAGCACUGGGCAGGAUGGACCCUUGCUGGGUAUGGAUAGCACUGGCAAUGUGAGGACUGGAUUAUGGAAACACGAAACUACUGUGUAGCAUUGGUGGGCUUCCUGGGCAGAAAUCCACAUAAACUGUGACACUCAAAUUCCUUUAAGCUAUGAACAUGUAAAAACCGACUGUUUACAGCCACCUUAGGGAUUCAAAAGAAUUUUGAAUAAACUUCUAAGUUUUGUAUUUUAUGUAUUUUAUAUCCCCCACGUGUUGCUUUUUUAUGAAUUUUGAAAAAAAAAAAAAAAAACCUCUUAAAAAAAAACAACCCUCUAAAAGCCCUCUGGUGGCUUGUUUUAGUUGUCAGAGCACCAGCAGGACAUUUUGAGAAGCUGAAAUGUAAUUUUCUUGGGAUCUGUAAUAUCUACUUAACAUUUCAGGCUUGUAUGUAAUACAAUAAAUAGGUGUUUGUCAUUG